AUGGCCCGCUCUUCGCCACGGAAGAAGCCGGUUGUGAGCUAUAAGGAAGAAGGCGACGAGACAGCGAAGAAGCCAUCUGCUGCCCGUGCAGCGCUUGGGUCGCUCAAGUCAGCGGCAGCCAAACUUGCAGCCAAACCUGCACCAAAACGCAUGGUCAUAGACGAAGGUGCUGAAGAGGCUAAGCCUGAAGCCACUAAACCGCAGCAAACCAAAAAGCGCAAGACUACGAAGACCAACGACCAAGACGCGAUGCCACUAGCAGACCGCACCGCGGUCUCGUCGCUAAAGAAGGCAAUGUACAUUGGCGCUCAUGUGAGCGCAGCUGGUGGUGUCAACAAUUCCAUCACCAACGCAGUACACAUUGGCGCCAACUCGUUCGCUCUCUUCCUCAAGUCACAGCGCAAAUGGGAUAAUCCGCCCAUCAAUCCCGAGGCGAAGAGCCUCUUUAUGAGCGGUUGCUCGAACCAUGGUUACAACGCGGCCGAGCACGCCCUCCCGCACGGCUCGUACCUCGUCAACCUCGCGCAGUCGGAUCCGGCCAAGGCGACGCAGGCGUACAACGCCUUCCUCGAUGACCUGAACCGCUGCGAGCAGCUCGGAAUCAAACUGUACAACUUCCACCCGGGGUCCACGCUCGGCGACAGCCGAGAGGCUGCCAUCGGGCGCAUCGCCGCGCAGCUCAACAAGUCCCACAAGGCGACGAGCAGCGUCAUCACGGUGCUGGAGAACAUGGCCGGCAGCGGCAACACCAUCGGCUCGACGUGGGAGGACCUGCGCGACAUCAUUGCCCUUGUGGAUGACAAGUCUCGCGUCGGCGUGUGCAUUGACACGUGCCAUGCUUUCGCGGCCGGCCACGACCUGCGCACGCCAGAGGCGUUUCGCAAGACGCUCGACGAGUUCAGGAGGAUUGUUGGCAUCAAGUAUUUAAAGGCUUUCCAUUUAAAUGACAGCAAGGCCCCCUUUGGCUCUAGCCGAGACUUGCACGCCAACAUUGGUACCGGGUUUCUCGGCCUGCGGGCCUUCCACAGCGUCAUGAAUGAGGACAGCUUCUGCGGCAUGCCUAUGGUGCUCGAGACGCCCAUUGACAAGAAGGACGCCAAGGGAAAGUCCGUCGAGGACAAGCAGGUAUGGGCCGACGAGAUCAAGCUCCUCGAGAGCCUUGUUGGCAUGGACGCCGAUGGCGAGAAAUUUACUGCGCUGGAGAAGGAGCUUCAGGCGCGCGGAGCAGGAGAGCGCCAGCGGAUUCAGGACCAGGUCAAGAAGAAGGCCGCCAAGGGUGGCGGCAAAAAGUUCGCGGCAGGGAAGAAGAGGAAGAAGGGCGAUGAUACUGAUGAUGAGACUGACUAA